UUGCAACUACUAUUAGGAGAAGCAGUAGGACCCUAUCGUUUGUGUUUUGCUUUCCAGACGGAAUGAUUUGCUGACGGACUGUCACGGGCGAGCAAUUGUUUUAGCGAGGAAAAAAAAAAUGAAGUUUACAUCCGGGUUUUAGGAAUUUACAAUAUUUCAUUCUUGAGUACGGUUAUUUCUUGAAGUUUUUUCUAAAAAAUGGAGAAUGAUAAUCAGAGCUUUGGCACUGAGGGAUGUAGUGACCCAUCCAACCUUGUUUCAGAAGAUGGAAAAAAUAUUAAAGCAGUGGUGUGCCAGCGUUGUGGAUCAAAAGUACUCUGCCCAGGCAUGGCUGUAUUUGCAGAAAAACAGCUCUUUCUACCCUCGAUGCAAAAGAAGACCAAUAACCAGUCUCAAGGAACUUUAAAUGGAGAUACUUUAACAGCUCACUGGUUGGUGGAUGAUAUGUACACCUUUGAGAAUGUUGGCUUCAGCAAAGAUGUAGGCAAAAUAAAAUAUCUUAUCUGUGCUGAUUGUGAGAUUGGACCCAUUGGAUGGCACAACCUUGAUGACAAGAAAUGUUUCUACAUUGCACUGGAUCGAGUUAAACAUGUGUAAAGUGUUUACGAUUGUUUUGUACAAGAUCGUGCUGCACAACCUGCUUCUUCAUAUCCAUCUAUUUUUUUUUAUGUAGCUUUAAACAUACAUCCUUGAUCAGUCCACUGGGAGUAGUGUUUGGCAUUGUAAAGGUUAUGUUUUGCAUUUUCACGUUCUGUCAGUUCACAUUUCUUUUACAUAUGCUUGAUUUCUAUCACUAAGGAUUUGUUUUCCUAAUUGCAAAUGUACACCAGUCAGAAAAGUAUUUUGAACAGUCUUGUUAUUAAAGUCAAAUGAACACAGCCUUUCUAGCGGUU